UUUGUUUUGUUCGCGCAGGUGCACUAUGGUGAUCCCAGUUUGGAAGGAAAGGUCUGUAGGAGAUCGGAAGGUAUAUGGACAUGUCUUGCUCUUCUUCAACAGCGUGAUGUGGACACUGUAUGCCUCGACGGAUCUCCCCAACAAGCUCUUGCUCUUCAUCAUCAGUGGAAUGGGAAUCAUCGUUCAUUUUUUCUACACCACCUUCUACAUCACGUUUGCGGAACCAGAGAAUCGUCGGCAUGCCGUAAUCAUUCUUUCCGCAUUUUUGGUCGUCGCUUUAAUAACGGCAGUAUUAGUAGCUUCGAUGGUGCUGAUCACUCAUACGUGGAGUAAUACUUUUGUCGAUGUCAUGGCUUCAAUAUCUGGAGCAUCUACACAAAUAGUUCCAGCAUAUGAUCUGGUGAUGGUAAUCAUGAAGAUCAAGCAGAUCAACGACAUGAACCCAGUAAUCAUGGCCGUCAUCUCCCUCUUAAGUGCAUGUACAUGGGCCCCCUACGGCUUCAUGACCGUCCCAGUCAACCCCUACGUCGUGGUACCGAAUAUCAUUGGCAUUGUGUCCACGGUUACGCAGAUAACUGUAUACUCUUGUCUGCUAUACCGCAAGACACGCAUCCACUCUGCCCAAAAGGAAGUAGAGCUCUCAGCGUCUCCUGUGUAG